GUUUUAUUUUGUUCGCCAGUUGCUGUCUGAGAAGAAUGUUUUAAGCCCAAGUUAUCAGAUAGUAUCGAAAAUAUAAAGAAAAUGACUACAACUGCAACAAGUGUUUCACCUACUGGUGAAAUGGGCACCUCAAAGAUAUUCUAUUCUUUAUUAUUGCCCGCAUUGGUGUUGUGGUAUAUUUACUGGAAAAUUUCAAGAAGGCAUAUGGAAAAACUGGCGGCUAAAAUUCCUGGUUUACCUGGUUAUCCCGUCAUCGGCAACGCUUUGGAAUUCAUAAACCUUACGUCGGCAGACAUCUUUAAAAAAGCUUGGAAUUUAUCUUUCCAGUUCGGCAAUAUUGUAAAAAUUUGGUUUGGCCCUAAACUCGUAAUUGUCGUAAUGGACCCAUCUGAUGUUGAACUGAUUUUGAACAGUCACGUACACAUAGACAAAGCGCCAGAAUAUUCGUUUUUCAAACCCUGGUUGGGCGAUGGAUUAUUAAUAUCAACUGGAAAUAAAUGGAAGGCCCACAGAAAACUAAUCGCCCCAACUUUCCACUUGAAUGUACUCAAAUCUUUCGUAGAUCUAUUCAACGCUAACAGUAGACAGGUUGUGCAAAAAUUAAACGAAGAAAUCGGAAAAGAAUUCGAUGUUCACGACUACAUGUCCGAGGCCACUGUCGAAAUUUUACUUGAAACUGCAAUGGGUGUGAGCAAGAAAACUCAGGAUCAAAGUUGUUACGAAUAUGCGAUGGCCGUGAUGAAAAUGUGCGACAUCCUCCAUUUACGCCACACCAAACUUUGGCUCAGACCGAACAUCAUAUUUAAUUUCACAAAGUACGCCGAAGUACAAGAUAAACUAAUCAACACCAUUCACAGUUUGACCAGAAAAGUAAUUAAGCGCAAGAAACACGAUUUUGCAAUCGGUUUAAGGGGCAGUUCGGCGGAGGUACCCGAUGAGUUAAAGUCAAAGUCCGACGAGAAGGUUAAGGUGAAAGCCACAGUUGAAGGUUUGUCGUUCGGUCAAUCGGCAGGGCUCAAGGAUGAUUUGGACGUUGACGACAACGAAAUCGGCGAGAAAAAGAGGUUGGCCUUCUUAGACUUAAUGAUUGAGGCUUCACAGAAUCAAGUGGUAAUCUCUGAUGAGGAAAUUAAGGAACAGGUCGAUACAAUUAUGUUCGAAGGUCAUGAUACCACGGCAGCAGGAAGUAGCUUUUUCUUGUGUCUCAUGGGAGUGCACAAAGACAUUCAAGCUAGGGUCCAUCAGGAAUUGGAUGAAAUUUUUGGUGAUUCUGAUAGACCUUGCACAUUCGCCGACACUUUGGAGAUGAAAUACUUGGAGAGAUGUCUUAUGGAGACACUUAGAUUGUAUCCACCAGUACCUAUGAUUGCUCGUCAAGUUAACCAAGACGUUAAAUUGGUCUCUGGUGAUUAUACGAUUCCUGCUGGAACAACUGUAAUUAUACCUCAAAUGAAAAUCCAUCGUAACCCAGAAAUUUAUCCAAAUCCGGAAGUGUAUGAUCCGGACAAUUUCCUUCCAGAAAAAUGUGCCAACAGGCAUUAUUACGCUUUCAUUCCAUUUAGUGCUGGACCAAGAAGUUGUGUGGGUCGCAAAUAUGCAAUGUUGAAGCUGAAGGUGUUGUUGUCUACAAUUUUAAGGAACUUCCGUAUUGUAUCUGAUGUGAAAGAAGAUGAAUUUGUUUUGCAAGCUGAUAUAAUAUUAAAGAGGAAUGAUGGUUUUAGGAUCAAAGUAGAACCAAGGAAACCAACUACCAAAAUUUGAUUCUUCAGAUUAAAAAAGUUUAAUAUAGGGUUUUAGUUAUUGGACUGAGUGUACCAGGUGGUAUAAAUGAUUUUAAAAUACGUUUGUUCUGUAUUAAUCAGUUGAAAUUAUAUUUUUAAAUAAUA